AUGAUAGUUCCGCACCAUCCUAAUGAUGCGAUGCGAGAGAUUCAGGAGGCUCAGAAGGAGCAGAUGGCAGCGCUGGACAUGCUUACAAAGCAGUUAUCUCAAGUUGCCAUGUCGCUGGGAGAACUGAGAGGAAACGAAGGGAAAAUCCCUGCCACGGUGCAGCAACCUGGGCGUGAGAACAUAAGCGAAGUCUCCCUGAGGUCGGGGAAGGUAUACCAGAACCCCAGCCCACGUGCGGUGUCUCCAGUACCUAUGCUUGGACCAAGCCACGAAGACGAAGGAGAGUCCAGUGGAGCUGAUCAAGCGAAAGGAAGAGAUAAAGGGAAAAUGAAAAUGGGCGGUGAGACCUUAGGAGAAAGUCAAGGAGAAGAAGCUGAGAAGGUUAAGCCUUACCCAUACCGCAGAAUGGUUACCAGAAAGAGAGACGCCAUGAUCGAUGUGGCUAGUCUGUUUAGAAACGUGGAAGUCAGGGUGCCACUCUUGACGGCAUUGAAGAUGCCCCCAAUCAGCAAAUUCAUCAAGUAUUACCUGGCGGGAAAGGUCAAUGAAGAAGAGAGAAUUAUUACAGAAGAGAAUGUCUCUGCAGUAAACCAGCGGAGCGACCUCCCAUCAAAGAAGACCGACCCAGGGAUGUUCACACUCCCAAUUUUGAUUGGGGAUAUUCAAGUGGAGCACGCAAUGUGCGAUUUAGGGGCAUCUAUCAAUGUUCUUCCAUAUUCCAUUUACAAAAAACUAGAAGAAGCUAAUCUGGUCGAUACUGACAUCAUGAUACAGCUGGCAGACAGAUCUUGCAUUCACCCGGAGGGAAUUCUAGAAGAUGUAAUAGUGAAGGUGAACAACUUUCUGUAUCUAGCAGACUUCUUCGUCAUCAAGAUGACAGAGCCAACAGCAAGGGAGUCGAGUGGAGUCCUGUUGGGAAGUCCAUUCCUGUCCACGACCAGCACUAUAAUCGAUGUCCGUAAUGGGACGAUUAGUUUGGAUUUUAAUGGAGAGGAGUUCACAUUCAAUAUUGACGAAGCAAUGUAG